UAAUCCCCCCAAUUUGUACAACAUAAUUUCCCGCCUCACCGUUCUUCAUUUCCCGCUCUGCAAAACCCUAACUCUCCGCCAAAUGGGGCAGAAGCAACAACAUCCCAACGCCGAUCCACUCCCCGAACCCAAGAAAAAGCGACGUGUCGGUUUUUCCAACAUUGAUGCUGGAGUUGAGCCCAAUGACUGCAUUAAGAUUUACUUGGUUUCUAAGAAAGAGGAAGUCGGAACUUCAGAUGGUUACCGUAUCAGCCCUGUUGAUUUGAACAGCUUUUUUGAAGAAGAUGAGAAGAUAUACGGUUACCAAGGGUUAAAGAUAACCAUCUGGAUAAGCAGCAUUUCUUUUCAUGCGUAUGCUGAUAUUACCUUCCAAAGUACAUCUGAUGGGGGAAAAGGGAUCACAGACCUGAAAUCUGCUCUUGAGAAAAUUUUUGGUGAGACUCUUUUGGAGAACAAAGAUGACUUCCUGCAAACCUUUUCAACUGAGAAUAAUUUCAUUAGUUCUGUUGUUUCCAAUGAAGAGAAGUUGCAAACCAAAGCCUCCAAUGGCCAUACAACUCAUUUUAAUGGCAGUUCAGAAGCAGCGUUUUCUGAUCUGGAGGUUGUUCGCCUGAUGAUGAGCAAUUUGGCUGCUGGUCAUCUUUAUAGUCGCUUGGUACCUCUUGUUCUUCUUCUUGUUGAUGGUAGCAAUCCUAUUGAUGUAACUGAUCCAAGCUGGGAGUUAUAUCUCUUGACUCGGAAGAAAACUGAUCAGCCCGAGAACACUCAGCAUAUAUUGCUUGGUUUUGCAGCGCUCUAUCGUUUUUAUCGUUACCCUGAUGGUUCACGCUUGCGUCUCAGCCAGAUUUUGGUAUUGCCUCCUUACCAGCACAAGGGUUAUGGCAGCUACCUUGUGGAGGUGCUGAGCAAUGUUGCAAUAUCUGAAAAUGUCUAUGACUUGACAGUUGAAGAGCCUCAAGAGUACUUCCAACAUGUGCGCACCAGUUUUGAUGUAAAACGACUGCUAGCUUUUGAACCAGCCCAGAGUGCUGUUAAAUCAGCUGUCUUGCAUCUUAAGCAAGGGAAAUUGUCAAAAAAAACCCAGGUUCCUAGAUUCUUGCCAUCCACUGAUGUCGUUGACGAAGUCAGGAAAACUUUGAAAAUUAACAAGAAACAGUUUCUUCAGUGCUGGGAGAUUUUGAUAUAUCUUGGCCUUGAUCCUAUAGAGAAGCAUAUGGAAGACUAUGUAACAAUAAUUUGCAAUAGGGUGAAGGCUGAUAUACUAGGUAAAGAUUCUGAGACAGCAGGAAAGGAAGUAAUUGAGGUCCCAAGUGUUCAUGACGAGGAGACGUCAUUUGCCAUGUUCAGGUUGCAGAACAGCAAGGCUGGGGGUAUUCAAAUGGAUGAAGAUCAGACAAAAACCCAAGAACAGCAGCUGCAGCAGUUGGUCGAUGAGAGAAUCAAGGAGGUGAAGUUAAUUGCACAAAAGGUGUCUCACAAACAUGUAUGAAGGGUACCACUUUCUUGGCAUGAUGCAUUGACCUGGUUAUAAGCAUAUUACUGAUAAUUUCUAGUGAAGCUAGCACUGUUGUAGGAUUAGUAAAUUUGAGGCUUGUUCUGUAAAAUUUUUGAGCACUACUUUAAUUGGAGCUUAUCUUAGAAUAUUAGCAGACGAUAUAGCCAAUGUGAUAACUUUUUAACACAUGUUAAUUCCAGUAUUCCCUUGAAUGUUGAA